CAUCGAUGGCUCAUGUACCACCAUGGCGGCCGAGAUAGCGCUUGAACAGGCCUGGUCGAGCGCAGCACGUUUGCGAUUGGCCUCGCAGAUCGUCCACCUAGAAGAUCAACCCGCGGUCCUGGGUGAUAUCGAGUCGCUUCAGGGUUGUCGAGUGAUCCACGGACGAUGUCCUCCGACGGACGUGUAACCCAUGACCUUCGUGGCACUUCUCGGGCACCCAGCAUCUUCCCGGGCGAGCGGUGGUCCAUCCUCACGAUAAGAAUAAUUCGCGUGAAGCUCGUACGGAUUCGAGGUCUGAGCGGCACGCUUGGGGGCAUUGUCAGACUACCGCCCUCCCACGCUCUGGCGAAUGUACAGGAUGCUGCGUCUUCGACCGGAUCUCGGUCCAGAGCGGCGUCACGGGUCAGUUCCUCGAUGUAUCCCGGACCAUCCUUGGUUCACCAGCCUGUUCCAGGAUCUACCGGAUGACCUCAGCGCGCACUCCGGGUGCAGUCGUGCUUAGCCACCGCAUCUCAAAGGUGGGGAUGCACUGACAUGAUGCCCUAACUCCAACAAUGUGAUCA